GAUAUAGCAGCAGGCGCUGCUCCAUGCUGAGUCCUAGGGGAGAAAUUUUAAUUUUUUUCACCUCCUAGCACGUGUGGCUCUCACUCGCACGAGCCUGGAACAGAGAGAGAAAUUCAUGCUAUAUAAACAGAUGUAAUGUGAGCAAAAUUAUCAUUUACAUCAGAGUCACAUUCAAGUGUACUACAUACUCUACUUCACUAUCAUACGAGAUGAGUUCGUCAUCAUCAACCUCGUCCUCAUUCAUCCUCCCAGAUAGCCCACCGGCACAGGAGCGUAUCCUCAACUACUGGCAGCAGAAAGCUGCCCUCGCUGCCGACACCUCCGCUGCUGCAGCUGCUCCUUCUCCACUCACCGUGGAACUGCCAUCGCCUGGGGAGAUUGUACUGGGUGACAGUCCAGUUCAGCACUUUGCUCCACCUGCUACCUGGGCACCGCGGCGUGCGGUGCUAACAACGCUGAGCAACAACAUCAAGCAGAAGCAGGGGAAGAGGAGGUUGGUGUUUGAUGAGCCUGAGGUUAGUGGGGAUGAGGACGAGACAAUCUUCUCACAAACAAAGAAACGUGCGGUGGAGGACAGCUCAUCACUUGUCCCCUUGAUGAAGGAAGUGCAGCGGGCAGAGGAGGAGGAUGAGGGGGGUGAGAUGGACUUUGUUCAGAUCAUCAAUCAGCCCGCGCCCAAACCCUGGGUGCCACCACAGAGAAGAGGACAGAGAACUCAUCUAAUGUUUCGCUAAAUGGGUGACCAGCAGUGUGGAGUGGGUG